AUGGACAGUGGGGCUGAAGGGAAGAGGUUCAGAGGCAACGGGACCACGUUAGAGUCUGAAAUCAGCCAUGAUCUGCUCCUGAAAAGGCUCAGCUCGCUUGAGGAUGUGGUGUACAGGCAGCUCAACGGACUUUCCAAAUCUCUUGGCUUGAUUGAGGGGUUUGGAGGCCGGGGUAAAGGUGGGCUUCCAGCUACUCUGUCCCCGCUGGAGGAGAUAGACGCUAAACCACUGAAGGACAAAUAUGGCUACAACGCCUACCUCAGUGACCGGGUCUCCCUGGACCGCAGCCUACCGGACCACCGGCCCAGUCAAUGUAAGACUCUGAAUUACCCCAGAGAUCUUCCUCAGCUCUCUCUCAUCUUCAUCUUUGUGGACGAGGCUCUGUCUGUGAUUCUGCGCUCCAUCCACUCAGCCGUCAACUACACUCCGGCUCAUUUGCUCAAAGAGAUCGUCCUGGUGGAUGACAACAGCACCGAUGAGCAGCUGAAAGCACCAUUGGAAGAAAUUGAAGGUUGGAAAGCGGCCACUGGCGAGGUGACUGGCUUCUUUGAUGCACACGUGGAGUUCACUCCACACUGGGCUGAGCCGGUUCUGGCCCGAAUCAAAGACGACCACCGGAGGAUCAUCUUGCCUUCAAUCGACAACAUCAAGCAUGACACGUUUGACCUGGAGCGCUAUGAGAACUCUGGCCACGGCUACAACUGGGAGCUCUGGUGCAUGUACAUCAGCCCACCCAAAAAGUGGUGGGACGACGGAGACACGAGCGCCCCCAUCAGGAGUCCUGCCAUGAUCGGCUGUUCAUUUGUUGUUAACCGGGAGUACUUUGGCGACCUCGGCCUGCUGGACCCUGGCAUGGACGUCUAUGGAGGAGAGAACAUCGAGCUGGGCAUAAGGGUGUGGCUGUGUGGGGGCAGUAUGGAGGUUCUCCCCUGCUCCAGAGUGGCCCACAUCGCCCGCAUGAAGAAACCCUACAUCAAUAACAUCGCCGUCCACACACGACGCAACGCUCUCCGUGCCGCUGAGGUCUGGAUGGACGAGUUCAAGUCCCACGUCUAUAUGGCCUGGAACAUUCCCAUGGAGAACCACGGCAUUGACAUUGGAGACAUUUCCGAGAGAAUUGCGCUAAGAAAAAGGCUGCAGUGUAAGACUUUCGAUUGGUACCUGGAUAAUGUGUACCCUGAGAUGAGGAGGUACACCAACACGGUGUUCUAUGGAGCGCUGCGCAACUCUAAAGCCAGUCACCUUUGCAUGGACCAGGGUAUGAAGGAGAACCACACAGCAACAUUGCACCCCUGUCACGGCUGGAGCCCUCAGUUGGGACGUUAUACCAAAGAGGGCUGGCUGUUCCUGGGACCUAUGGGCAGCACGGGCGAAGACACCAACUGCCUGGUGGACGUUCACACCAGCAACCUUCCCCAGCUCCAAAACUGUGACAAAGUGGCCAACCUCAAGCAGAAGACAUGGCACUUCUCACAGAACUCCUCAAUCAUAAACGAAGCGUCCGGCCGCUGUCUGGAGCUGGUGGAGAGCGAAAAAUCUUUUGGAUUUGAGCUGGUCCUUCAGCCGUGCACAGAACAGACAUGGUUCAUUAAACACACCAUGAAGCAACUGAACUGA